AUGUUCAAGCUCAGUCAGGCGGGAAUUCCUGAGGAUCCGUCAUACCCGCGGAACCUCUCACAGCUUGGGUACUUCAUCGACAAACAAUCUGAGAUCAGAACCAUCAGGCCGCCUCACAACUACUACAACUUCUGGAUCUCCAACAACGACCGCGUCAACGAGGCCUUUCGCGAGUCCAUGCACGCCUGCAUCAACGAGGAGAUCAUUCACCGCAUGACGGCUCUAGGAAUUCCGCCCAUCUACUUGCCUCACCUAGCUACCGAGAAGCCGCAUGGCCAAGCCAACGUCCCCAUUCUCGUCACGGAAAAAGAAGAAUUGAGAAAGCUGAAGAAGGUCACUGUGGUUGUCAACGAUGAUUUCCAGGACCUUGGUCUCUGGGCAUACCGCAUCGUUAGCAAGGAACGUGGCCUAGAGGCAGGCUCGGUGGUAUCUCUUGCCAAAGCGCUGCACAACUCAGACAUUGCGUCUGUCAAAGUCCGCGCGCACUGUGCAGAGAAAGACGAGAGUGGUCCGGAUGAGAGCCCGAUCUCCAAUCCCGGUCCGCACGACUCGGGCCUUGAGCCUGGUGAGGUUCCUACACACCCUGCACAGGAAACCGCGGAGAACGAGAAGCACGACCUGAAAGAGAGCCUUAUCUCUAAGCCCGGCGCAAACAUUGGUCCGGAAUCCCCGAUAGCAAGCAAGACGCCCGUGACGAGCACCGAAGACGUCCCAUUCAAAGUUCCGGAGAACUGGCAGGCGCCCGGUUUGGUCGUGCUGAACCCAGGCCAGCUCCUCUACUCUUACCGGCUCGACAAAGCUGUAACGAAGCAGUCUUGGGAUUCGCAGCCGCGUCCGUCAGCCAUCCAUCCUGUUCCCAGGAUCGAUCCUGUCCAGAACAGAGCAGAAGGCCACAGGACGGUCGAUGAACAUGUCAAGUCGACCUUUGACACGAUCCUCAACAGCUCGGACUGGGUGGCGCCUGAUGCCAAGAUCUACAUGAUUGGCAUUGGAAAUGGCGGAGAUGCUAUAUUGAAAACCCUCAGUAAAGAGUGGCCAAAGUACCAGGGCCGCGUCGAGGCCAUUGCCCUGACAGAUCCGACACCCGUUCACGAAGUGUUCGAGGACCAGGGAUUCGUCAGGUUCCUCCGUGACCGUGGUCGCGCACUUGUCCCAUCUGCUGAAGCAUUGGGCGUGCCGCUUGCUGUCCCACCGCCUGGCUCCAGUGACUUGCCUCAGCACAGUUCGGACUGGGGCUACCACUACUAUCCGAUCCAGUCCUCCGGCGAGCGGGUCUUUGGCGAGAUCAUCUUCCCUACUAACCAGCGCGACAUCCUUGACUGGUUCGACGGUGUUGCCAACACUGCCGACUACCGCAAUCCGCAGAUGCAGGUCCCCGAAUUUCUUCCUGAGGGUUUGGAGGAUGCGGAGAUCUUCGAUGCGACGAAGGAUGCUCCAGAGGAGAAAGCCAAUGAGUGA